UUAGGGGGUCAGAGCGGUAACUGGAUGCAUUAGUCCACGCGUUUUCUAUAUUUUUACUACUUUGCAUCGCGCGUUUUAAUCGCAAUCGGUAGAUAAUCCAGUACAGUCGAUGAAUAGUUGUUUGGACGCGGUGACAAUUGGCGGGAACAGGGUGCAGCGUUACGCGCCAUUCAUUUGUAUCGUGCUCGCGGUUAGCAAGUAGCUUAGCUUAGCUAAUGGCACCCCGCAUUAUUUGACGACGGUCGCACGUAAACAAUAGACAUCGCACUUGUUGCCGGCUAAUUUGUGGUUGCGUUUACUUCUGGGGUCUUUCCGGUGCAGUAGUUUCGGUUUCAGCCCCGUCUAUUGUCUUGUAGCUGAAUUAUUGAUCGGCUCGGAAGCUGUUAGCACAGCUCGCGCUCUCGGUGUAAACAUGACGGAGUGUUAUAUUCGCGUGGCGGAGGAUGAGAACGAGGAGCCGAUGGAGAUCCCGUCCGAGGAGGACGGCACCGUGCUGCUCUCCACCGUCGCCGCGCAGUUUCCCGGUGCCUGCGGCCUGAGAUACCGUAGCCCCGUUUCUCAGUGCAUGAGAGGGGUCCGACUGGUGGAGGGGGUUCUUCAUGCACCCGAAUCAGACUGGGGCAAUCUGGUGUACGUGGUCAAUUAUCCAAAAGAUAACAAGAGGAAGAUGGAUGAAAUGGAUGCUGCAUCGGCUGUGAAGAUCAAGCGCGGUGUGCAGAAGACAUCAGAUUUGAUUGUGCUUGGGUUGCCAUGGAAAACAACAGAGCAAGACCUUAAAGAUUACUUCAGCACCUUUGGAGAGGUCAUCAUGGUGCAGGUGAAAAGAGAUGCAAAAACUGGAAACUCCAAAGGAUUUGGCUUUGUAAGAUUUACAGACUACGAAACACAAGUAAAAGCCAUGUCCCAGCGGCAUAUGAUUGAUGGAAGAUGGUGCGACUGCAAGCUUCCCAACUCAAAGUAUUUCCUGGAACAGGCUGGCCCGGAUGAGCCUAUGAGAAGCAGGAAAGUUUUUGUGGGCCGCUGCACCGAGGACAUGACAGCCGAUGAGCUUAGACAGUUUUUUAUGCAGUACGGCGAAGUCACAGACGUGUUCAUUCCCAAACCUUUCCGAGCCUUUGCCUUCGUCACCUUUGCUGACGAUCAGGUUGCCCAGUCUCUGUGCGGUGAGGACCUGAUCAUCAAAGGAACCAGCGUGCACAUCUCCAACGCUGAGCCUAAGCACAAUAAUAUUCAUCACCUCUUUUCCAAUUUCCGGGAAGAAGCCCCUCGUUGGCCGCAAUGUUCGAGCGAUCUCAGUAUCAGUUCCCUUCUUCCCAUGUGUAAAUGCUUUGCCAUCAAAGAGCACAGCUUCACUCUGCAUAUACUGUGUUAGACGGGACGUUGGACUCGGCUGGCCCAGGUUUACCUCAGAACCCUGAGUGAAGUCAAAAAUGGGAGAGCUGAAGACUGAAGUUCACACAGUCCAUCUGUGGAGACUGCUGCUGUAUGCCUUUAACCUGAAAAGGGACUACGUCACUUCACUGUAACCAGAUUUCCCUGGAUUCCCCUUUUUGAAAUUUCAAUGGACAAUUCCCAAUUGGCCCGGAGUGCAUGACUAAAGACGGUCCUUGGCAAUCUAAAAGCAGAGUUUAAACCAGUGUGUUUGUGGAUCAGUCCCAUUGCAAAUGACUUAAUGUCCAUGCUCGUGUGUUUCAAGCUGUUUUACGCAAGACAUCAAUGCAGUCAUUGAUCUUGCUUUUAAGUCUUUUUUUCUGUUUGAUUGCUUUUACAUGAUCUGUCCCACUGUAAAUAUAGUUUAGUGAAAGUUGAAAAGGCCUAUUUUUCAUACAGUGUCCUGUUGUGGGUGAACAGAUAGGAUUUUGUGAGUGGGGUUUGUGUUAUGACUUGAAUCACUGGCAGGAUUUCCAUUUUUCAAAAUACUUAAUAAACGUACACAGAGGAACUGUAUCUGUUUUUAUUUUUACCUGAAAGUUUGUGUAAUUGUAAAAUGUUGGUGGUUUGAAGUGUAAAAAAACAAGUGCUGAAUUUAACCUACAGUGCUGGUUUUAGUAUAACACAAACAUACUAUUUAGUAGUUUUGCUGUUUGUCUUGUUUGUGUAAUAUCAGUAUGAGAACUGCAGAUAGUUUUACUUAAAAUAACUGCUGAAUAUAAUGUUAAAGAAUGAAUUUUCUUACUAAACUUGAACAAUUUAAUAAUAAACUUUAAAGUCCUAGUUUAUUGCUUCUGAGGUUUAACCUGCAAUGUAAUCUUUUCUCUCAUAAAUAAAUCCUUCAGUAAACUUA